CGUCAUACGCAAACACGUACGCAACCACUCGGCACAGCAUACACAGCCUUGGUCCGAUGUAUCAUCAGCACAUCCAGCUUGCGCUUCCUUGCCGGGGCUCGUCUGCAAAUGCGAUGUCCACGCAGCUGAAUGAUACACGCUCUGUCGACAUGUGCCCUAAACUCUAUCGCGCUGUCUGCAGAGGGCAGACGGAGGAGGUCUUGGAGCGGCUUCUGCCACUACACGGUGCAGCAGCAGCUGAUAAAGCCACGGGCAUUAUUCAGCAUGGACGGUGCGACAUACUCGAGGUGACCGCCGCGGGGAACACGGUUCUUCACUUGGCGGCGGAGAAAGGGCGCGAUGAGCUGAUCCAGGAGCUCUACAUCAGGUUCAGGGAGAAGGUGAAGAGCCUCCUCUCUCGCCAGAACUCGGCGCUGGACACGCCCCUGCAUUGCGCGGCUAGGGCGGGGAGUGAUAAGGCCGUGGUGGUCCUCGUCCAGAUGGCCCGGGACUGCGGAGAGAGCAUCCUGGAAUGCAAAAACGAGGCCGGGGACACGGCGCUGCACCUGGCGGCGAGACACGGCCAUGCCAAGGCGGUGGAAGCUCUGGUCUCCGCGGCGACGGCGGUGGCCGCCAAGCUGAACAACGCAGGUGUGUCGCCGCUGUACCUGGCGGUGAUGAGCGGGUCGGUAAAGGCCCUCAAAGCGAUUACCACGUGCAAGGAGGCCUCAUCCGUCGGACCAGGUUUGCAGAAUGCUCUGCACGCUGCCGUCUUCCAGAGCAAAGCGCAAAAAAUGGUAGAGCUGCUACUGAAAUGGAGGAAGGAUUUGGCAGACGAAGUCGACUGCCACGGCAGCAGCCCGCUCCAUUUCGCGUCAUCCGACGGCGACUGCAAACUCGUAGGGGCGAUCCUGCGCGACGCGCCGCCGAGAACUGUGUACAAGAAGGACUUGGACGGCCUCUCCGCUCUCCACGUCGCGGCUCAGAUGGGCCACCACCGCGUCGCCAAGUUGCUGUUAGAGAGCUGCCCCGACGCCGCCGAGCUCCGGGACAACAACGGCAGGACCUUCCUUCACGCCGCGGCCAACGAGAAGCGCUCCUCAGUCGUGUCUCUUGCCAUCAAGAAAUUCAAGGACUCCAAGCUGCGUGGCCUCCUGGACGCGCAGGACAGGAAGGGGGACACGCCGCUCCACCUCGCGGUGGCCGCGGGCGCGCCCGGCAUCGUGGAAUCCCUGCUACGGAAGGGCAAGGUGCGGGUUGAUGUUUUGAACAACGACGGGAAGACGCCCCUUGAUCUCGCCGCGGAAUCAACCAGUUACUUCACCAUGGUAAGCCUGGUGGUGACGCUAGUCGCUUUCAAGGCUCAAACCCGGCCGCAAAGGCAGGACCAUCUGAAGCCGUGGGAUAUCUCCAACAUAGUGAAAGGGAUAGAGAAGACGUCCGACAGCCUCGCGGUGGUGGCCGUGCUCAUUGCCACCGCCGCAUUGGCAGCCGGGUUCAACCUGCCCGGGGGGUACGGUGAGAAAGGCCAAGCGAACCUCGAGCGCAAACCCGCCUUCAAAAUCUUCCUGUUCCUCGACACCCUUGCCGUGGCGACAUCCAUGGUCGCGGUGAUCCUGCUUGUCUACGGGAAGGCGUCGUGCUCCGCCGGCUCGUGGAAGAGCUUCGUGGCGUCGCUUCACUGCAUGUGGGUGUCGCUCAACAGCCUGAUGCUGGCCUUCAAUGAGGCUUUGGUUACCGUGAUGCCAACAGGUUAUCGUUUCGGGUUAAUGGCUAUACAAUUGUGCAUCGAGGCCUUGAUCUUUUGGAUCACGGUGUGUGUUGCGCCUUCAGCGAGGUCGUCACUCACACACCUUUGCAGGUUUCUGUGGCAUCGCAGUCGCUCAAAAGGAAGCCAUGCCAUCAAGAGGCAGUAUCCGCUCGCCGGCGCUUCCAUACUCAACUUGUUUCUGUUUAUGGUUACAAACGUUAUAGUGUCUAUCGGUUUUCUAGUUGUCACUUAUUCACGUUCGCUUGAGAACGAGCCGUUGGUGGCCACCUCACCCGCCCCCUCACCUGUUCCUCUUUAAUUAGAAAAAAGGUUUACGGAUCGGUAAACAUUUGCCUGAUUAGUUACAGGCAAUAUUAAUUGUACUUGUAUAAGCUAGUUACUUACAGAUAUGAUUCAGAACUCAAUAUAGUGACUAGCUUGUUUCAUUCUGCAAACAACAUUUGCCAAAAUAAAGUACACAAUCUGGUUACAUUC